AUGGAGGUCGAAACCCCAGCUCUUGCGAGUUUCAACUCGCAGUUGAAACCCUCGUUUGCUGCUUUCUCUUCGACGGUCUGCUCUCAAGAAUGCGACAGCUCUGAAAGGGAUUUUCCUUCGAAUCCCGACCUAGGCUUAACUGCCAUGGUGGAUUCUCCUAUGGGCAAGAGCUCAGAAACGUUCUUCAUUGCUUGUUCUGAGUCAGAGUUGAAGUCAGUAGGUUCACGAGAGACCGUCAACGGUGUGGGGAAUGGGAGCUCUGAGUUGACGGCAGUGGUGAAGCUGCAGAAAAUCUACAGGAGUUACCGCACACGACGCAGGUUAGCGGAUACUGCCGUGGUCGCCGAAGAACUUUGGUGGCAAGCGAUCGACUUCGCUCGUCUGAAUCAUAGUACGAUUUCCUUCUUCAAUUUCUUGAAACCAGAAACCCCAGCUGCUCGAUGGAAUCGUGUCCGCCUGAAUGCUUCAAAGGUUGGGAAGGGUUUAUCCAAAAACGCCAAUGCUCAGAAAUUAGCCUUUCAACACUGGAUUGAAGCUAUUGAUCCGCGACACCGGUAUGGCCAUAAUCUGCACAUAUACUAUGAAGAAUGGUGUAAUUCACAAGGUGGCCAGCCAUUCUUCUACUGGUUGGACAUUGGAGAAGGGAAAGAGGUUGAUCUUAAAAAGUGCCCGAGAUCAAAGCUUAGACAGCAAAGCAUUAAGUAUCUUGGACCUCAAGAGAGAGAGCACUAUGAGUACAUCAUAAUUGAGGGAAAAAUCAUACACAAACAAACUGAAACGCUUCUUGAUACAAGUGAAGGGUUGAAUGGGGCAAAAUGGAUUUUUGUGAUGAGUACUUCUAAGAAAUUCUAUGCUGGUGAGAAAAAGAAGGGUUCUUUUCAUCAUUCAAGCUUCCUAGCAGGAGGGGCUACUUUAGCAGCUGGAAGAAUUGUUGCAGAAAAUGGAGUGCUUAAGACUAUCUCAGCAUAUAGCGGACAUUACCGCCCAACGGAUGAUAUUCUUGACAGCUUCUUAUCUUUUCUUAAGAAUAAUGGAGUUGACCUUGAUGAAGUUGAGAUACGCUCUGCUGCUGAGGACUAUGACAAUUAUGAUGACCGUAAAUCAUCUCGCAAGGGGAGCACAGUUGGGGUACCAAAAUUACCUGAACCUCUCCAACUUCAAGAUCUCAGUGAAGUUGAGAAAGAUCAACCCGUGAAACCAGAUGAAAUUACUCAAACUGAACCAACAGAAGUUGCUGAGACUGAAAAAAGUGGUAGUUACAGGAGGACUUUAUCUGGUGGUCUCCAGAGUCCAAGAGCGGCGGAUGUACCAAAGACAGCAAUAUUGCAAAGGAUCAAUUCUAAGAAGGCAGCAAGUUCAUAUCAGUUGGGGCAUCAGCUUUCAUUGAAAUGGUCGACGGGAGCAGGUCCAAGAAUUGGGUGCAUUGCAGACUAUCCUCUGGAAUUGAGGGUACAAGCACUGGAAAUUGUGAACCUCUCCCCAAAGUUUCCGUCCACUCCAAAAGGUUACAACCAGUCUCCUCGUCUUGUUUCAUAUACAUCCUGUCCCAUUUCUGAUUUUUGUAAUGGUGAUAGAACCUCUGCCUCCUAGCCAAACUAGUAUCUGUUUUCUUACAUUCCUUAUUUUUGGCGCCUUCUUUCUUUUUCGUUCUUAUUUUGGAAAGGUUAUCUCUGUUCUCUUACAACUUAGCAUUCCUUUCUUCUUGA